AUGGACGAUUUGGUGCCUUCUCAAAGGUCGCACAGGACUCGUAAAUCAGGUCCAACUAUGAGGAAGAAAGCUGAAAUCGACAAGAAGAAGCGAGGCGUAACCGAUACCAAGCAGAAAAACCCUAGGGCGUUUGCUGUUAAGUCUGCUGUAAAAGCGAAGCGAUUACAGAAUCGUUCUGCGGAGAAGGAGCAACGGCGACUUCAUAUUCCGACUAUUGAUCGUACUUACGGAGAACCUCCUCCUUACGUUGUAGUGGUUCAAGGCCCACCAGGGGUACUGUGUUGUUUAUACUGA